AUUCAAAAACGAAAUUCAAAAAAAAUAAAAAAUUUAAAACUAUACAACAUAAUUUAUUUCGAUAUACGAUGUAAUUGCAAAUUUAUUUUAUUUUUUUUCAACAUUUGCAUACUAAAUUAAAAUGUAAGUUAAACACAAGAAGUACAUUUUUGUUGUUGUCGCUGCUGCUGCUUUGGGUUGGUGUUGUGUAAAAAGGAUUGCGAAGCGUUUACGACAAUGCGGCGUGCAAAAAAUCGAUGUCGCUAAUUUUGAAAAUUGAAUGAGAAAAUCCUUCUGCUAUAUAUUCUGUAAACUCAAAUAAAGUUUUAAACUCCUCAGAUGUAACCAAAGAUAUUUAAAAGAUUUCCAACUACUUCACAAACCAAAGAAUUUAGCUUUAGUCAGAUACUAUAAGAUAUAGCAACUGUAGACUAAAAACCAUUUCAAAUGACUGCAAACGGGUUGCUAGGCCGCACAAAUCACACAGAUCCUUCACGUUCAAAUCGACGUUCACUCAUUUCAUUGAUUGUCGGUUUGGUGGUUGGAUUCUGUCUAGCUGAAAUGUUUAUAUUAUCAACACCACAGCAACCUGAAUGGAUGCUAUAUACAGGCCAUCAACAUGGGCACUUAAGCGAUGCACACGAGAGUCAUGAUUUACUGGAAGCUGCCGGACCAGAGACAGAUAUUGGCACACAUCAGCAUUCAUAUGAGAAUACAACAAUUGCACAGAAAUUGUACAAUGAAGUUCGCGUAUUGUGUUGGAUAAUGACAAACCCAAAUAAUCACAAGUCUAAGGCACGACAUGUGAAACGCACAUGGGGUAAACGUUGCAAUAAAAUAAUAUUUAUGAGUACAUCCGAGGAUACGGAAUUGGGCUCUGUAGCACUGCCUGUUGGUGAGGGUCGUAAUAAUUUAUGGGCCAAAACGAAAGAAGCUUUUAAAUAUUUAUAUAAUAACCAUAUUAAUGAUGCGGACUGGUUUCUGAAAGCUGACGAUGACACUUACACUGUGGUAGAAAACUUACGUUAUCUUCUAUAUCCAUACUCACCAGAGACACCAAUAUACUUCGGCUGCAAAUUUAAACCAUUUGUCAAACAGGGUUACAUGUCUGGAGGAGCUGGUUACGUAUUAAGCAAAGAAGCUGUUAAACGUUUUGUCGAAAAAGCGUUACCAAAUCCAAAGCUAUGCAAAUCAUCACCAUCCGGAGCUGAAGACGUUGAAAUAGGAAAAUGCCUGGAAAAUGUUAAAGUAAUCGCUGGUGAUUCACGUGAUGCACACGGACGUGGUAGAUUCUUUCCUUUUGUUCCAGAACAUCACUUAAUACCAGCACAUACAGAUAAAAAAUUCUGGUACUGGAACUAUAUUUAUUAUAAAACAGAUGAGGGAUUAGAUUGUUGCUCUGAUUAUGCAGUAUCAUUUCAUUACGUCUCACCAAAUCAAAUGUAUGUAUUGGAUUAUCUAAUAUAUCACUUACAUCCUUACGGUAUAGUCAAUAUACCAGAAUUACCGGAAAAACUAAAAGUUGGCGAAACUGAACCAUCGCCAACCGAUAAUGAAGUAACAUCUGAAAAUGCUUAAGUUUGCAAUAGGUACUAUAUAAAAAUUGUUAGAUUAUUUGUAAAUAGUUUAAAGUUAAGUUAACUUAAAUAAAUAAUAUUUUGUAUUAUAACGUAUAUUAAGUAUAUUAAGACAUUUUUGACUAAGCUUUAUACUUAAAAUUAAAAACAAUAUGUAGGUAUAUUGCUUCACCGCAUAAGAUUUUCGAAUCGCUGCCAAGGUGAAGGAUUAAAAAGUACCACCCUCAUCCCUUAAGAAAUAACUCAGUAGCAUUUGGUUAGACCAACUGUUUGCCGAUUAACACUAUGAAGGGGCGAAUUUAUAACAUUCGGCCAAACCACACCAUGGUUUUUAGACGAAUGGCUUUAGCUAGUAAGAUGUAGUGUAUUAUGUAUAUUAGUUAAAUGUUGCUGUACUGUAAAAAAGAAUUAGUUAGUAUUUUAUUUGCACCUAUAACAUAAAAGAAUUUAUUGUAUUUUUUCAUACAUUUCAUAGGAUAAAAUCAUAGGAAUAAAAUCUUUUUGAUAUUGCUUGAGCUGAUAACAUAAAAUUAUUUUAAUAUUACUGUGAACAUUUGCACAACUAUAGACGAAUAGAUUUUCAUUUUGCAUAUUU